AUGAAGGCAGUUCAACUUCUCGGAGAGAUGAGCUCUCCCAGGAUUAUUACCAACAGUACCAUGGACAAGCCAACUCCCACCGGCCGUGGCAUUCUCGUCAAAGUCUCUGCAGCUGGAGUGACCGGCGACGCCGUCAUGUGGCCCGAGACGUAUGCGACACCAUCCCGCAUCCCAGGUCACGAAGUCUCAGGCUGUAUUGCUGCCUUUGGUCCGGACUACGCCGGCGACCUUGUCAUUGGCCAACUUGUCUACGCUUUCAUCUCGGCAGAUAGGGGCCACGGUCAGGCAGACUUUGUCAUUUGCUCCCCCGAUGAAGUCGCCCCCAAGCCGACGACAAUCAGCCACGCCGAGGCGGCUGCGCUGCCCAUUCCCCUGCUGACGGCGUGGGAAGCCCUGAAAGACUACGGGAAUAUAUCUGCAGGAAUGAGCGUCUUCAUCACCGGGGCUUCGGGUGCUGUUGGGUCACUCUCUGUGCAGAUGGCCGCUCAAGUUGAAGAUUCCCGAGUCAUCGCGCUGGCGUCCUCGCAGCACCACGAAUGGCUCAAGACGCUCGGCGCCACCGAGACGAUUGACUACAAGACGGAAGGCUGGGAAACAACUGUGCAGGCAGUCGAUGUCGUCUUCGACACGGUCGGGGGCGACAUACUGACCAAAGCAUGGAACACCAUCAAGGACGACGGUAUCCUCAUCACCGUCGGCGAUCCAGCACCAGCAUGGGCGUUUGGGAAGGCAGAACCAAGAGAGGCGAGCCAGCAUCCCAAUGCGCGGUAUACGUACUUCAUUGUGUCCCCUAGUGCGAAGCGCUUGACCGAGGCCGCUACCUUGAUUGACGAGGGCGGCAUCCAGUCGUUGGCAGUGGAAAGGUUCUCAUUUGACGAUGCGUCGAAGGCAUGGGCAUUCGCUAGGAAAAGAGGUCGAGGCAAGAAGGCUGUGAUUGAUUUUGAAAGAGAAAUGCCGUAG